AGCCUGUUGCCACCACCCGGCCUCUUUUCUAACGGACCAAUUACAAUUGUGAAUUCGAGCAGAACCACUUAUGUAAAUGACAGCUUCAUCUUCUGGGUGUGGCGGUUUACCAGUUUCCCAGUGUCCCUCUUAUUCCUCACUUUCAAAGCUCUUCUUUAUGGAUUCAUCGUAUGAUUCAUAUUACUGCGAGGAGCCCGAGGAGCGACAAACUGCUUCAAUUCGUGAGAGGAAGAGAAUGUGUAGUAUUAAUGUGGCAUUUAUUGAGCUCCGCAAUUAUAUUCCAACAUUUCCUUAUGAAAAACGGCUCUCUAAAAUUGAUACCUUGAACCUGGCAAUUGCAUAUAUCAAUAUGUUGGAUGACGUUCUGAGAACACCCGAAGAUUCUGGUCAGUAUAUUCAAAAGUGUGUUCAUAUGGCUCGCACAGGUCAAAUCGGUGCACCAGCGUGGAGUACAAGUGAUUUGCUAGCCCGGCUCAAUUGGAUCAAGUGGCGUCGUCUUGGAAUCGAGCCGAUUGCCUAAACAAACUCUGUGUAUGCGUAAACGGCAGAAAGCAAAAUACCUUUUAAUUGUAUUUUCCACGAAUACAACUCAUGAUUUUCUAUCUUUCAUUUCAAUAAACAUACUGAUUACA